AUGUCUCGCGUCAAGAGAAUUGCCAAAGAGCUAGAAGAAUGCCGCCAGGAUAAACAGUCCGGCGUGACGUUGCAGCUCAAUAAUGACAACGACUUAACCAAACUCACGGGCUUUUUCCAAGGUCCACCGGGCACACCAUAUCAAAAUGGGGUUUUCCAGAUUGCCAUUGACAUACCCAACGAGUAUCCCUUCAAGCCGCCACAGAUGAAGUUCACUACCAAGGUCUACCAUCCUAACAUCUCGUCGGUCACGGGCGCCAUAUGCCUCAAUAUCCUCAAGGACAAGUGGACCCCCGUGUUGACGUUGAAAUCGACGUUGAUCUCGUUGCAGCUCUUGCUACAAUCGCCCGAACCCAACGACCCCCAGGAUGCCGAGGUUGCCAAGCACUACUUGAGCAAUAAAAAGGGGUUCGAGGAGACGGCUGCGUACUGGACUAAGCUUUACGCGCAGGAUGUCCUGGCGGAUGGCUUGAAUGGCGGUGCAGGAGGAGGAGGCAGCGGGUUGAAUGCUGCUAGCGAUGCUGCGUUAUAUGGAAUCGACGAUGAAAUAGUGGUCCAGUUUGAGAAUAUGGGGUUCCCUCGUGACAAGACCAUUGAGGUCUUGAGAAGAAUGGGCAUCAAGAGCUUGAAGAACGUGAAUAAUAAGAGCGAUUUGGAGAAUAAGAUUUUGGAAGAGUUGUUGAGAGAGUGUCAAUAG